AUGCCAAACAUUCGUUGUAAUGAUGUAUCUGUAAGUUGAGAAAGAUAGGAUUUCAAAUGAAUUUCGACGUUAAGGGGAACGUAGUCCACUCCCUUUACUUAGUUUUUCUCAUUUUACUUAGUAAUUAUGGUUUACUUGUAUAUGACCUUUCUACCCAGUUUGUUUUACCGUAUCUUUCGACCUUUACUUUCGUGGCUUUUGCGGUUGUGGGUGCGGUGCUUUGGUGUCAGCCGCUGCCCGCACUUAACACAAUUAGCUGGUACCAGCAGCGCUGGACGUCCAUAAGAUUGCGAGUUCUGCUUCCUUUCGCGGCGUAGCUUCUCAGACUACAUUAGUAUCCUAUACGUGCCCGUGCAUUUUUAUUAUUUGUCGCCGCACAUGUUGUGCUUUGCUAGAGCCGCCUGUUUUUUCUACCUGCUUUGUGAGUAUCACAAAACCAGCAGAGAUGCAGACAUCGCUGGUAACAAUGUACUCCCCCCUCCCCUGUCUACCCUCGUAUUGCCACCUUAGGUUUACAGACUGUGUGCGAUUACGGGUCUGCUUGGCUGAUUUGACUUGGCCUGCUAGGGUAAAUGUCAGGCAAAUUGUGCCUGCACGUGCUACCGACAAGAGUCAGACAGUCGCAAAACUGACCGCAGACUAACCCUAGAGACAAACCCUGAGAAAUUGUUAUGCUAGCAAGAUAGUUAGAAAUGUGAAAGUAGUGCUCUGGUGGUGCAGGAGUUUGGUGACAUGUUUGUCCUCAGUGGUCAAAGAACGUGGUAGCCGUUAUUAUGAGCUAAUUUUUCUCUCAGAACGGAAUGGUAGGUGCUCAAUGUAAGAUGUUAUUGGCGGAUGCUCCCCGAUACGAGACGUCUUCGUGGAAAUCGACCUCUGUUUUUCUCCAAAUCGCUGUAGAUCAACACUAAAACGCGUUCAUACUGUCGCAUGUUCCAUCAUUGGGGUCAACUCCAGUAGUCCCACUAGCGCUGUAAUUACAGUACGUAAAGUUGUGCGUAUGUGCGAACAUUGUAGUUAUAAAAAUAUGGUUUUUCAAUCACAAUGGUCGGCCUUGGGUUUGAAAAAAUACCAUAUACAGAAGCGACGAGAACCUUUAUCAAGCAGAACAUAAAUGCCAUAUAUUUCCAUGUAUCGAAACAAUCUGAGAUUUUCAGAUUUUGUACCACGGCCGAAUGAAAAACACCUUUGCAAUAACGUCGCACAGAAAGUCGUCUUUCAACUUUCAUAGACACAUGAGAAUGAGCAAUAGCGUUUGCAUCGCACAAAGAAGGUUUCAGUUGUUCGCCCCAAACCAAAAUCCAGUCUGCCUAACCAGUAUACUGUACAAAGUCAUGGAGAGAGUUAUUUGUUGCUAAACGCGCGUGUCCACUCGCAUCCAGGGUAGUUUUCCAGGUGCAUCACUUGCCUGUAACCCUUCAAUAUACAUACAUACAUAUAAGUUGGUUCGUAUUUACUGUACUUAUUUUCCAAAUGAGCUCUUAGAACCGGACUCUUUGCGUUCGACCCUUUUAGUAUUAAUUUUCCUUCUGCUUGCUGUCAGCCAUCAUACUCACUAGCCUAAGACAUGCCAAGUUACCUCUCAAAACGAGAAGCGAUCCCGGUGGUUGGCCGUAAAAUACGGCCCAGUAUCCCUUGCAAAGUUAUGCUUGAAGUCAUCCGUUACCGUCUCUGUUACUUCCUCAGCAGACACAAAUCUGUGAGCACCAUUCCGCAUGCUUUCCCAAAAGGAUGAUCUUGCCUUAGAAAACUCAACAGGGAAUGUGGAAAAAUUCAAAUCUAUAUUUUCAGACCCUGGAAAGGCUUUUGAUGCAGUUAACUACCGAGUACUCGCCAGGAAGCGUUAUAGGUAUGAUACAAACAGGAACGCAAUAAACUAGAUUAGACUCUCCGCACAUAUGUUCGAAAAACUCCGUCACCUGAGUUGCCUGUACAUAGUGACGUUUCAUAAGCAUUUUCGCUAAAUCUGUAGUUUCUUCUACUCUGCACCAGUGGCCUAUCAGCAUCAGUUUUCAAAACCCGCCUGAGUUUUCCAGGCAACAUAUACACCUCAGAACAGACACAACUAUCCUUCAAUGCGGAAAGACCUUGUUCGACUUUUCGAACGGAUUGACUGAUGGGAUCUCGCCGUGAAUGCACAGAUACCGCGGUUCCACGCGCAACCUCGAGUGACGAAGCCAUUCCGCUGGCUGUGUCAGUCGCCAGCCAUGGUUUAUAACUUUAGCCAGGUCAACAUCGCCAAAACAAUGUUUGCAAUCUGCUGUCAAAACUCAAAAGCAGCUUUUGACUAGUUGGCGAUCCAAGCAUUUCACCGGGAAACACCUUCAGAUGCUAUACUCCAAGUUUGUUUGCUCACACUUUUGUCAUCAGCGUUAUUCUGUGCCUCUUAAGCGACAAGGAGAUUUAUUUGCACACGGCUCAGAACUAGACAGCCCAGCUUCGUCGUUUCAGUGCAAAUCUUGGCCCGGUCCAAACUUCCCAUGUUGCGGCAGAGAUGACAGUGUGUAGACGGCCCGUAGGCCAUGGUUUGGUUCUCCAGGUAGAUACACAAUUUCUGUGGACGGGUUUUUCACUGUGUACCAUUAAAUCCUGGAACGAGUUCUUCAAAACGGUCGUCCUAUCCCCCCACUUGUAGAUUAUUUAAGAAAUGUCUUGAUUCCCUCUGAAACUCAAGGGGUCCUGUAGUUUUAUAGGCUAUCACUGGGUUAGGAAAUUCCUACCACAUAAAUCUGCAGUCCACGUUGCCCUUUGUUGCUACGGUGACGCAUUUUGACGCUCUGUUUUGUAUUUACCAGUUUUUAUGAUGCCAAUUAAUAAAUCAAAAGGUACUUUCCCUCUAGGACCUUUUCAUUCGUCACUCUUUCGCGUUUUGUCCGUCUUAUCCGUCCUCAUACUCUUGUUUUCCAUAGCCUUUUCUGUGUUUUACUACGUUGAUUUCUCGCCCUCCGGUCUUCGGCGUUUUAUCAGACCUAGGUGUUAAUGCCCUCGUCGCACCGCUCUGUUCUCAGCUUGGGCAUCAGAAAAGCCACGAGAUAUUCAGAAAUCCUUGAUUUCAUACCAAGUCCUCAGCCUUUACCCCCGACUGACUGAUGUUUCUUGCGUGUCGUCUUUUUACAAGAAACACGAAUAAAAUAGGAAAGUUGUUUGUUAUGCCAAGUAUAUCUUUCCGAAAUCGUCCUUGUGACGGCACCCAUCAUGACCAGCUAUCAUUAUCCGCCGCACUUGACCUGUGACAGACUCCAGCGUGAAUUCAAGUCAAGGCAAGGGCGACGAAACAUGCAUGUUGUCUCGUUUUUUGUACCGGGAUCUAGGAGCCAUGGUUGGUUCCGUUCCCAGCUGAGUAAUCCAGCGCACCAUUCGCCGGCGCCACCCGAAUAGGGUUGCUGAUUGCACCAGCUGUAUGGGGCCUUUAGGCUCUUAUCAGAGACUCAAUCCUUGCAGCCUAUGCCAUAGUAGUACCUAUACAGAGGUAGAAAAUCACUCAUUUUCAUGGAGAGCCCCGGGUUUCGUGCAAGCCGUUAAGUAAAUAUGCAGCCUGUGAGGCAGUGGGGAUAGAAACCCUGAGCUGCCAAACCACGUUUACAUCAUUGGCCGUCGGUGUGCCGGGCCUCAGUUCCUUGCUGAGUGGCCAUUGCUACUCAUUCACCAGAUGUUGAGGCGCGUUCAUUUUAAUUGUUUCGGCUAUCUGUAAGCGCGCUGAGUUGCUACUACCUAAUCCAGUACGAGUGCUUCAACUUGUUUCCUAGCCCCCUGAAUUGACUUUAGGGAUUAGAGGCCGAAAACGUUGUCUAUGAGGUGCUCUUUAAGAUGGACAACGAUGGUAUUUUAAGAACCACGGUGGAAUUAAUCUCCCUGAUAUCGGAACUAGAGGAUUUGCAGUUUCCCCGUCCUACUGCACACAAAAAUCGGUGCAACAUUCGGCCUAAACGAGGUUGUAUAGAUCGGCAGUUCUCAUUUUCCCAAGCUUUGUGCUAUUGUCAUUCUUGUGUGCAGUUCACAAUAUUCCGUUUCGUUAGUUUCUGUCGGGGUCUUCGUCGUUGUCCAUUGGAGUCCUCUGCGACUGAUCGUGCUUCUUGGCGCUGUGAUUAAUUCAUCAGGGAGCGAAAAGAAUGCAACCUCUGAUUUAACCCCGUCGUCGCGCAGUAGACCGGGUUCUUUAACAUCUGUUGACAGACUAGCCGCCGUUGGGAGUAGGUCGUGCCUCGUACUUUACAGCCCUUUACUGCUUUGGGGGGAGGAGGAGGGGGGGUGUUGCAACGCCGGGGAAUGUGCUUGCUGUGCCGCAGGUAGGGGAGACAAUCGAAAUAUUGACGGCUUUAGGGCAAAGAUAGUCGCUCUAGUUUCCCGUACUGAGAAGUCUCAGCCUCUGAGGACAGUGAGGUUUUUAAACUAUUGAGCAUUCCCCGUUACCAUGGAGCAAACUCACUGAUGAUGAGUCAAACCAAUAAUUAGAUCGAAUAUCAUAUCAUAUUCAGGUGAUUAUAGAUUAAGCUACUGCUUCUCCGGGCGCCAAACAUGCUGGGGCACUCAUUCCAGUUGGUAGUUGUCUUCUAGGCAUGUCUGUCGCAACUGUGCACCGUUUUGCAGGCCUGUUAGGCUUUUUACCUUGUAGCAAUCUUUAUGCCCGAUGUUUUCUGCCUGACUUAUGCACGUGAUAAUGGGCUACUGUUUUGUCUGCUGGAAAGUGUUUUCUCUCUCACAACCGCCCUCUUCCGUUUAACAUAGGACAUCGGUCACACAGACCUCGUCCCCAUAUAUCACCAGAAGCAGUCCCUCCUCCUCUGUGCUGUGCACGCCAUAAACAAUGUACUUCAAUUCGAGGCGGUUAACAAGCAGUCUAUGGAUGCGAUUUGUUCCAGACUGACGCCAGCAAGGUUCGCAAACCCGCACCGCAAUAUUUUCGGGCUGGGCAACUUUGACGUCAACGUGCUCAUUCUGGCCUUGCAGGACCAUGACUAUGAUGUUGUGUGGUUUAAUCGGCAGAAGAGCAUGACUGAGCACAACCUCAACUGGGACCGCAUCACGGGUUUCAUUCUCAACACCCGUCGAAAGUUUCUGGCACCCAUUCCUGUCACCAGUCGUCAUUGGAUUGCCUUCCGCGGUUUCCCCAGCGCAGAGGGCGGAGACAUUCUGUACUACGAUCUGGACUCCAAGUUGCCCUCGCCCCUCCUUGUUGCUAGGUCGCAUGCGGAGUUCGCGACCUACAUCGAAGAACGUCUCAACUGGUCGCCAAGUUCACAGUUACUGAUUGUCGCGCCGAGGGACGUGGUCAGCGAUCGAACGUGGACCCUCACGAAAACGGGCUGA